AAAGUUAAGAUCCCAGAUGGCCAAUUCCCUCAACGGCCGGAACCCAGGUGGCCGAGGAGGAAAUCCCCGCAAAGGACGUAUUCUGGGCUUCAUUGAUGCUAUUCAGGAUGCAGUUGGCCCUCCCAAACAAGCAGCUGCUGAUCGCAGGACUGUAGAAAAAACCUGGAAGUUAAUGGAUAAAGUGGUAAGACUUUGUCAGAACCCUAAACUUCAGUUGAAAAACAGCCCGCCUUAUAUACUUGACAUUUUGCCGGACACCUAUCAACAUUUGCGGCUUAUAUUGAACAAGUAUGACGACAACCAGAAACUUGCACAGCUCAGUGAAAAUGAGUAUUUUAAAAUCUACAUUGACAGUCUUAUGAAAAAAUCAAAACGGGCAAUAAGACUUUUUAAAGAGGGGAAAGAGCGGAUGUAUGAGGAGCAAUCGCAGGACAGGCGAAAUCUCACAAAACUUUCCCUCAUCUUCAGUCACAUGCUUGCAGAAAUCAAGGCAAUCUUCCCUAAUGGGCAGUUCCAGGGUGACAACUUUCGUAUUACAAAAGCUGAUGCUGCAGAAUUUUGGAAGAAGUUCUUUGGAGAUAAAACCAUAGUGCCUUGGAAAGUGUUCCGGCAGUGUUUGCAUGAGGUUCAUCAGAUUAGUUCUGGCUUGGAAGCAAUGGCAUUGAAAUCUACUAUUGAUUUAACUUGCAAUGACUACAUUUCCAUAUUUGAAUUUGACAUCUUUACAAGAUUAUUUCAGCCUUGGGGCUCAAUAUUAAGGAACUGGAAUUUCUUAGCUGUGACGCAUCCUGGAUAUAUGGCGUUUCUGACUUAUGAUGAAGUUAAAGCAAGAUUACAGAAAUACAGCACCAAACCAGGAAGCUACAUUUUCAGAUUAAGUUGCACACGACUGGGACAAUGGGCCAUUGGAUAUGUCACUGGCGAUGGAAAUAUUUUACAGACCAUACCUCACAACAAGCCUUUAUUUCAAGCUUUGAUUGAUGGCAGCCGGGAAGGAUUCUAUCUGUACCCAGAUGGAAGAAGUUAUAAUCCUGAUCUGACAGGGCUAUGUGAACCCACACCGCAUGACCACAUAAAAGUUACCCAGGAACAGUAUGAAUUGUAUUGUGAAAUGGGUUCUACAUUCCAGCUUUGUAAAAUUUGUGCGGAGAAUGACAAAGAUGUGAAGAUUGAACCUUGUGGGCAUCUGAUGUGCACAUCCUGCCUCACAGCAUGGCAGGAAUCUGAUGGUCAAGGAUGUCCUUUCUGCCGCUGUGAAAUAAAAGGAACUGAGCCUAUCAUUGUGGAUCCCUUUGACCCUAGGGAUGAAAACACCAGGUGCUGCAGCAUUAUGGAUAGCUUUAGUAUACCCAUGCUUGACUUGGAUGAUGAUGAUGACAGAGAAGAAUCUUUAAUGAUGAAUCGACUAGCUUCUGUGCGAAAGUGUAAUGAAAGGCAGAAUUCCCCUGUGACAUCCCCAGGAUCCUCUCCACUUGCACAAAGAAGAAAACCUCUUCCAGAUCCUCUGCAAGGGCCCCAUCUCAAUCUUCCACCAGUGCCUCCUCGACUGGAUCUCAUUCAGAAGGGAGUUGUUCGAUCUCCUUGUGCCAGCCCUACAAAUUCACCAAAGUCUUCGCCAUGUAUGGUGAGGAAACAAGACAAGCCACUUCCUGCACCACCACCACCUGUGCGUGAUCCUCCCCCACCUCCACCAGAAAGGCCUCCUCCUAUUCCACCUGAUAAUAGACUAAGUAGACACUUGCAUCAUCCUGAAAGCGUGCCUUGCAGAGACCAGCCUAUGCCACUUGAAGCCUGGUGCCCCAGAGAAGUGGGUGGAACAAAUCAAAUGAUUGGAUGUCGAAUAGUAGGAAGUGAAACUUCACCAAAACCUGGACUUACUGCAAGCUCAAAUAUGAAUGGAAGGCAUUGUCGAAUGGGUUCUGACCCAGGAUUUCUACGAAAACACAGACGCCAUGAUAUGCCUGUAGAAGGUGCCAAGAUCUUUUCAAAUGGUCAUCUAGGAAAUGAAGAAUAUGAUAUACCACCUCGGCUCUCACCCCCUCCUCCAAUUGGUGCUGUUCUGCCUAAUAUGAAGUGUCCUGUUCCUGUUGUAAGUUCCCUCUCUGAGAAACCAAGGGAACAUGUGGAAGAUGAUGAGUAUAAGAUUCCUUCAUCCCAUCCUGUACCUUUGACAUCACAGUCACCUCAUUGUCAUAAUAUAAAGCCUCACAUCCGUGUAUGUGAAAACGGUCAGUGCCCUGGAACAUUUGAAAUACACAGUGCAGCCUCUGAAAUGAAAAGAUUGAAACAUCCAGAAAAAGGAGAUGCCUUUGAUCCCACACUUCCAGUACCUCUGCCACCUGCACGGCCUCCUAUCAGGGACAACUUGAAACAUGGCUCAGUACUAAAUAGGACACCUUCCGAUUAUGAUCUGCUGGUACAUCCUCUAGCAGAUGAUGUGGUUGACAACCCACCACCCUCACUUCCUCCACCACCACCUCCUGCACGUCACAGUCUCAUUGAGCAAACAAAGCCAUUUGGUACUGGCAGCAGACCUCUGUCAGGACAUGAACUUUACCUUCCUCCUACAGAACUUCUCUUUGAUCCAGUAAAUGGCUUAGUUCCUUUGCCUCCAGUUCGAAGGUUAACUGGUGAAAACAUGAAAACCCACAGAACAUCCCAGGAAUAUGACCAGCUUCCAUCUUGUUCAGAUGGUUCACAGGCACCAGCUAGACCUCCUAAACCACUUCCUCGCAGGACUGCUCCAGAAAUACAUCACAGAAAGGCACAUAAUUCUGACACCUUUUCAGAAAAUGUGGAUGCAAAAAUUGCAAAACUUAUGGGAGAAGGCUAUUCCUUUGAAGAAGUGAAGCGGGCACUUGAAAUAGCUGAGAACAACCUUGAUGUAGCACGGAGCAUCCUAAGAGCAUUUGCGUGCUUUCCUCCACCUACUUCUCCACGCCUCAAUCUAUAGCAGUAUGAAAAAUUUUACAGCAAGCCACUUCUUCAUGUGCAUGAGUGAGAUCAUGAACUCGUGUGAUGUGGGAUUCAAGAGACAUCUUGAGGCAUCUUCAAAGUGUCGAGGUCCAGCAGUUUUUUUUGUUUUUUAAAAUAACUGCUGAGUUCAGGACACAAGUCAAUUGAAACUUCUGUAUUUUUGCUAGCCAUACUUUUUUGAAUCAGGGUUGAACUGACAAAUAAUUUAAAGAAGUUUACUUCCCAUGAACUUUUAAUCUGUGAAAUGCAUUUUUUUCAUGUUUACAAAGUUGUGAGUGACCAUUUUCAGUCCUGUGUUCCUGUUCAUAUUUUCUAUUCUUGUGUGGUAUUUCCACAUAUUUUUGUACUACCAGAAUUAUCUAAGUGAUUUAUUUUUCCCUAAAUGCCCUCUCCAUUUUUUUUUUCAUUUUUCAGAAAGCUUUAAUAGGUUUUUUGCAUUUCAAUAUCAAGCAAAUGCAGGAAAAAUGUGGCCUUCACUACUGAUAUUUUUUCUGAUAUACUUUUGCUAUUGUGUGUGAGAGAAAAAUGAAUGUGUAAUGCAUUGUUUUGUCUUUAGACUGCUUUCUUAAAGGCAUUUUGACCACAACUAUGGGCAGCUUUCUUUGACGUGUGGCCAGCAAGCUUCAGGGCCUAUAUGGUUACAGUAGUAAAAUACAAAUUCACAUUAAAUUGUAUGAUGCAGUAGUUCUCCAGAAUAUACAAAGUGAAGUUAAUCAAUUCUGGCACAGAUUUUACAAAUCUAAAUAUAUAUGUCAAAAUUGUUCUUCAGUUUCAUGAUGAGGUUGAUGUUAUUCAUGCCUUGAAUGUCUUCAGGCAUGCCCAACAAAACAUUGCUGAAUUAUAUUGGUAGUAGUCAGGUAAAUUACACUCCUGUCCUCUGGAUAAUAGAAUACAGUUAAUUUCUGAUGUAAGUCUAAUUCAUCAUAAGUUUGGAGACAAGUUCAUAUAAUCGUGAAACCUUUAAAUCUUCAUAUUACUGCACCAUAAUAGCAUUAUCUUUGCAAAGCAUUUAAUGAAGUCACACUGUUCCCUUGAGAGUAUUUACUUCCCAGAUCAACUGGUUCCACCAUAUCUGCAAUCUUAGAGAUGAGUGUAAAGUUUUCUGCCCUGAGUGUCACAGCAGUACCCUGGAGCCUUCACGUGGAACCAUUUUUAGAAAUAAUGCCAUCUGGCAUUAUUACAACACUACACACAUUUUUGAAACUCAAAAACCAGCAGCAUUCAGGGCUAUAGUAAGCAAGAUGAGCAACAGGGAUGGUGCCCCCUAUAGAAUGUGCAGCACCCCCACUCACCCAAUCUUCCCUUUCACUGAAAGAGAAGAUUGGGUGAGGGCUCUGCACAUUCUAUAGGGGGCACCACCCCCUGUGGUCUCCCUGCUGGCUACAGCCCAGAUAGCAUUCAUAAUGUGCUGAUACAAUUUACAUUGAAACCACAAUUAUUACAUAUCAGUUUUGUUCAUAGAGAUCUUUGUAACAGAAUAAAUGUGACAUGUCCACACUGAAACUCUUGAUCAGAAGCAUUUGAUGUAGGAUGCUAUUACUAAACUAGAAUAAAGUUUUGUAUCAGUCUGAGAAAAUAACUAAAAAAAACAAUUUUAAGACUUAUUUUAAUACAUACACAUCUAGUGGUAUACUGCUAAAUUAAAACUUGCACUUUGCCUAGGGAAAAGCUUAAAACUGGCAUCUUUUAUUAAAAUCGUUGCAACAAAUGAACAGACUGAUUCUCAUGCAGCUGUUUCUCCAAUCAUAAUAGAUAUUGCCUGACUUAAAUUCAGAGUUUAGGGUAAAUUGUGAAUGUUUGUGUAUGUGUGUGAGAAUUCAAUCUUCUUUUAAAAACUUAUAAAUUAUCAUCGAGAAUGCAUUUCUGUCGUGGAAGAAUUUUACAUAUUUUUUGGGGGGAAUGCUAAUUUAACUCUCCUAAACUGCAUGAAUUAAAGACCAAGCACAGUGUACUACUGUAUGUUACUGUAAUAGAUUUUGGAGUGGUUACCAUGGAUGCUGACAUAUGGAAAUCUACUGGAAUUUGUCAUCCAUACUGCAGGUUUGUGAAUAAUCUUAUGGUCUGGAUGUAACAAACCCAGGAUCCAGGAAAGAGGGUCGUUCUUGAAUAAUUUGCAAGAGAAGCAUAUCCCAAUGAAGUAUAGUCACAUAAAUGCAAGAACUAAUCAGUAAAUUAUCUUACAGAUGAGAAUGGUCCUGAGAAGCACCUCUAUUAAGCUACUGGUAGUAAUCACUUCAGAUGGAUUGGUGUUGACUGUACACAAAUUAGCAGCCUUAAAAAUAAAAGGGGCAAGGAUCUUGUUCUCUGGAGGGUAUUUAUAUUACACAGAAGAAGGGCUUGUUCAUACAAGUACAUGUUUUAUCAAAGCACACAGCACUGUGCCUGGUAGCAUAUAUUCCAAAUGAGUUUAAUUCAAAGAAUUUAAAACAUGCUAGAUUAGAACAGAGGUCCUGUUUCUAAACCGAUUACUUGUCUGAGAAUUUUAAUAGAUCAUCUUUACACCCUUUCUACUUCUUGUUUAGCAUUUCAUUGCACAGGGGUAAAUUAUGCUGAAUCAAAUGGCACCUCAAUAAUACCAACAAUUUUCAACAAGAUUUAAUUCAAACAAGGUCUCAGAGGUCUGUUAAUGAGUGUCCAUUUUAGUGGCUUGAGAAAAAUCACCAGUAAAAUGUCGGUUUUGCUAUAUCCCAAGUGAAGUCUGAUGAAAAUAAUGUGAAGUUAAUAUUACCAGAAGCAUUCUGCCCUCCUCCCAACUGCCAUCAUAUUGAAGCUUUACUUUGCACUGACCUGGUAAAUGUUUUAAUUUGUGUCUUAAAGCUUGAUGAAUUUGGAAGUAGACCAGUAUAUUUUAAAUCAGGUACUGCCUGUUGACCUGGAACAUAGCGCUUCUAGGACUGGGUUCUUGAAAGGACUGCAGUAGUUUUCAUUAUUGAAGGUUUAUCUUCUAAAUAACUAUUUUAUCUGAAAAUGCCUUUUAUAAACUUGUCUAACAUGUGGCAAACAUAGUGAUGUGAUCAAUUUAUAUUUUAUUCAGUGUUUUUUUCAAUUCUGAAUAUUAUGUAACCUCAAGUUACUUCAUCUGUUCUUGUAAGGUAUUUUAUAAAAAUUAAUGUUAACAGAA